UCUUCGGAAGAAGUAAAAGCAUUCAGUGCCAGCCUGGUGCUUGAGCGGGUUGGAGUUUGUUUUUGUUUCGCUAUUCCAAACUUUAGGCUGUAGGAGAAAAAUUAAAAACUACUCAAGUAUCGAGACGAGAUAAGUGUGGUGUCCCAAUCGUCGUUACGAAAUAUUUGCGAACCGUGAAACCGCGUGUAGACGGAAGUGAUCGUUGUCGAAUGGUUUAAUUUACAGUUAAACCGAAAAAAAGACUGAAAGAGUUGUGAAGGAAGCUUGUUUUUUUCGUUGGUACCGGCGGUAUCCUUUUUUCAGCGGAUUGCAUUUCACCCACACUCGCCACCAAACCAUCAUCAGUCGGCAAGGAACCGCCAUCCGAAGUGUCUGCUAGCUCUGGUGAAGAGGUCCACUCCUUUGAAAUAUUACGAUAAUGGCUUCGAGACGUACACCGUUAUUGCACGCCCAGACAAUCACGAUCAUCGUGCUGGUAAUAGGCGGCCAAAUUCAAACGGCCGCUAGUGCAACCUUGCAACAGGAUGAACAUCGAUCGGCUACUACCGAUGUGACAGCACCCCGAACAUUCGGCCGGAUACGAAUGAUGAAGAACUUUAUGAUACCGAUGAUGUUCAUCUUAGGCUCCAUCAAAAUGCUGCUCUUGCUUGUCGCUGCCGUCAGUGUGAAAACCCUUUUCGUAGCGUCAAUCAUUCUGGUCAUCAACAUCAGCGUCGGUUUGGCCAAAGUGAUCAACUUUUUCAAGCACCACAAGUUUGGCUUCCAUCAGGAACAGUGGGCCGGUGGAAUUGAGAAAAACGUCAACAUUCACCUCCACAGUGAUCCGAAUCAUCAUUUUUCCCUGGAAGGACCGCCAUCGAUUCACAGUACGGUUCACACACCGUCCUAUCCCUACGCCCGAAAUGACGUGGUUGAACCCGUGUACUAUUUGGACCCCAUUCCGGCCACUCCUUCGUCGCUGUAUCAGAAGCAAUACAUGAAGCAAGCGACAGCAACACAGAAUCUACCGUACUCCCGUUGGCCGCAGUACAUCCGGAAGCGAUAGUUAGGAAAAUAAUUACCGUUCCCGAACUUCAAGAAAUGCCAAAAAAACACCAACAUUCCAGGUCCGAAUGUGCGUUGAUUGUGUAAAAAGAUUAAUCUAAAGCUAAGUUAUUUAUUCAUCUGACCUGUAAAAACGUGCCUCUCUUUAGUUGUAAAAUAUGUUAUUACUAUGUCUAGUUUCUACGUGUAAAUCUACCUUUUCAAUGUCUGCUCGGCUUACCAAACCGAUCGAAGCCCGGUUAGCAUCUCGAACCGCAGCCAAACAAAUAUGUGUAAGAAAAUUUUUAAGCUGCUCCGAUUAGCUAGCUAGAAAGUAAAAGUGGUCUAAACACGAAAAACAAAGUCCAUCCGUUGUUGCUGCUAGCGGGCCGAAUAAAUUCGAGUGAAAAUAAAAGCAAGCGAUGAUGUAAAUUAGCAAAGAUUGGUUGUUUCCUU